UUUCGCACACAAUUACGAUUCACUAUUUUUUGCCAGUUUUGGCGUUUGAAAUUAAAAGUGUGCUGCCAACAAUAUCAAUUAUACCAAGAUGAAUUUAUUCGAACAUGUAAAGCACCUUCAUGACUGUGAACUCUACAACGACUUGAAGCAUCUGGCUUCUAUAGCCAUGUCGCUCUGUGACAACAACCCUGACAGUGAGGUGAUGAACCUCUCACAGAAAUACCAGUGUACCGUGUUCUAUGGGAACGCGCUGUAUCAUCUACAGGAGUACCACAAGGCAGAGGAUAUUUACAAGAAAGCUCUACAUCUCAGAAAGGCAAUAAACAAAGAGAAAGUGAAAGACAAACCCUCAUCAAGCUUCGAACUUACUGACGAGGUGGAGGUGAAGUACAAAAUAUACGAGUGUCUGAUGGCGACCAAACAGUGUAGGGAGGCCAUGGUGAUGUUACAAGGAAUAAGUUCCAAACAGAGGACCCCCAAAAUCAACCUCGCCCUAGCCAAACUGUACAUCAGGGUGGGUAUGGACCGCUCGGCCAUCACCAGCUACAAAGAGGUUCUCAGGGAGUGUCCCCUGGCUUUGGAGGCAAUGACAGGCCUGAUGUCCCUGGGGGUGAAAGGACCUGACGUAGCAGCCCUGGUGAUGAAUGGAGCCCCCAACACCUCGGACUGGUUGUCGCUGUGGAUAAAAGGUCAGGCCCAGCUGUCACAGAGAGACUACAUGUCCUCCAUAGCGACGCUCUCCUCACUUGACAACCAGUCCUAUCUCCGUGACAACACCCAGCUCCUCAACAGUCUGGCGGAGGCCAAGUUCUGUGACAGCCAGUACACACAGGCCCUGGCCCUGUUCCAGCGGAUCCAUGCCCUUGACCCGAUGCAAAUGACUAACAUGGACUUGUAUUCCUACCUGCUGGCAAAAGACAGAAAGGUCAAGGAUCUCCUAAAACUCUCUCAGCAAUUACUGAAGAUCACAGAGCAGUCCGCAGAACCCUGGAUCUCCCUCGGAUACUACUGCCUAGCAACCAGAAAGGUCUCCAAGACCAUAUACUUCGCUCAGAAGGCAAACACACUUGACCCAUACAACAUCGAGGCCUUCCUGUUGAAGGGGACAGCACUCCUGGAGCUCAAGAAAGUUGACGAUGCCACGCCCCACAUGAAGGAGGCCCUUAGACUGGCCCCACACAGAUACGAGGCCUACACAGGUCUUAUCCAGUGUUACAUGGCUCUAUACAGACACAGAGAAGCCCUGACUUGGGCCGGUAAAGCCAUCAAGACACUGGGCACCACAGCACGGACGCUUACACUGUAUGCCUCUGUGCUUGCCAAGACACCAACAGUGAUUGCGAAGGCUAAACCAUACUUGGAGAAAGCGAUGAAGUUGGACCCGUCGUUUUUGGAGGCGGUUUAUAUCAUGGUGGAGAUUCUGGGGCAGGAACAGCAGUAUGAUAAAGGAAUUGAAAUAUUACGCAAGCAGCUGGAAACUCACAGUACAUGUCGACUUCAUCAGAUGUUGGCAGAAUUUCUUACUCAGACCCAUGAACAUCAAGAAGCUCUGGACCAGUUUAGUAUAGCUUUGAGUUUGGACCCGUCCAAUGUGAGAGUUAGAGAGGGAAUGGAGAGGGUGGAGAAACAGAACGACAUGGGGCUGGAGAGUGCCUAUGACGUGGGGGUGGAGGACAUGGAAAACAGUGAGGAGGAGGAGGAAUUUGAGGGCAGUGAUGUGGAGAGUGCCUGGUCCGACACAGAGUUUAGCUGAUCCAACAGACACUCACAGAACUCAGCGCAUCCACCGACCAUCCACAGACGUCAUCAGAACUCAGCUGAUUGGCUGGUUGGUACUGGCGAGAUCUCAGGGGCGUGAACUGACAGUGUGUGUUCCUAGAGUUGGGCUGAGUUUUAUUCAGUCCUCCAUCAGCUGUCACUGACAGUACCCAGUACUGUAUCUGCACUAUUCAGUCCUCCAUCAGCUGUCACUGACAGUACCCAGUACUGUAUCUGCACUAUUCAAUAGAAUAAAUCUUAGCACUGCUCAGUGUGGAUCAUGUGAUGAUCAAAGACUGCGUGCUGUGUAUGAUUUGUAAAUACAUGUAUGUAUAUACUGACUGGUAAUUGUUAACUGGAUCAUUCCGUGAGACUAGUUUUGUGUUAGACUUGUACAUGUGCUUUGUGCUGUGAUAUGUUUCAGAUAAACUCAUUUUUAUAGCAUUUUGUUCAAAUUUCAAAGAACUUCAAAAGGAAUUCAGGCUACAGAGAAAUUUGAUCAUUCCGAAUAUUAAUUCUUCUGCAUUUUUUGGGUGAUCUAUUUCCAUUGGUCUUCACCAGUCGUCAUUCGUUAACAAUUUUACAUUUUUAACUUCAUUUGUAAACUACAAGGCCAAUUGUUAACAUUUUUGGUUUGAAGCAUCUCUUGGAUAAGAGGAAUCUAGAUUACGUUUAUAAACUUACCAUCCCCGAUCCCUCAUUGGCAGAGACAAAUAUGCUUUUCAAAAAAAGACCAAAUUUCUUUACUCCGACACAUAUGGAGGUUAACACUUAUGGUAAUGCUACUUAGGCUUCUUGUUUUCUGAUAAUACUUGUAUUUCAUGUGUUUAUAAAUAUCAAAUAUGGGCCCUUGUUUAAUGCAAUCUAUAUAUUAGAUGAUUACAUUUAUGAAAGUUUGAACACUUUUUGGAUGACGUUUUAUUAUUCACUGUUCUUUUACUAACUAUAUAUUAAUUAUAAUUAAGUCAGCAAGUCUUUUAAGGAACCUUUUAACACUCCAACACUCAAGGAAUAACUUGGUACUUUGUGCAGAGUUAUCUACCAUGGAUAACUGAAACUUACAUACUGCUGAAUGCAUUGUUAGCCAUUUUAAUAAAAUAUUGAUAUAUUUAAUAUCUACAUACAGACUUGUGUUCCUGCUGAUAAAUAUCUACAUACAGACGAUAAGAACAUCACCCUUGUUGAAGCUGUAGAUAUUUAUUUGGAAAAUUAAACAUACGUCUUUGAAAUAGCAAUUAUUUUUUCACAAAAUUCUAAAAAUUUAUAAAAAAGUGUUUGUCAAAUACACAGUUGUCAAAUAAUGACACAUUUAUUUCAUCAAUGUGGUUAAGCACAUUUUUUUUUCUCUGGAUAGAUUCCACAUGGAUCUACAAGUAUCUAGAAGUGUUAUGAAUAUACAUGACUGAAAUUGUGUUUUUAAAGUUGGCAAUGCAGAAAUAAAUAUGUUAUUUUUGUAUUUGAGAUGAGGUGGGAGAUGAAUUACAAUGUCAUGCAUUUGAUGUUUGAUAUGCCUAUCCAUAGCUUUACCAAACACCAGUUCAGUUCAGUUCAUUUAUUCGCUCAAAACCAUUUCAAACAUAUGGUACAUGAGGACAAAAAAUAACAUUAAAAUAUACAUAUAAAUUAUAAAUUGGUCAGAGGUAAACAUAUAUAAAUAUAAAGGUUAGAGAGUUAGGAAAAGUUAUACAUAAUGAAACACCAACGGUUAUCAGUGUUGACAACUCGUUUAUUCAUAUAUAAUACUAAUUAAAUUUAUUGUUAAUUGAUUAUUGAGAGCAUUAGAUCUCCAGGUCCAUGGUCAGACUGUCCUGUAUUUUCUCUAAUUGCAUGUGUUCGUUAAUUAUUUGAGUAUUUUGUUUGCAGAUAUUUUUUGGCAAUGUGCAUGUAUUUGCUGUUAUAGAAAUAAUUUUUUUAUCAAUUUUACUUCUAUCUGCUCAUACAAUUUAUAUCUGUAUGUAAAAUUAUUUUUUAUACAAUUAGAAAUAAAAUCCUAAUGUCAAAUAACUGUUUUCAAAGAUGGCAUUGUGAAUAAAAAGUACAAAUCAAUC